AUGUUCUUUCCCCGUCUCACUGACACCCCAGUCUUCCGUAUCGUCCUCCGGGACGCCAAGCGGUACGACACGUACGAGACCCGUGAGUUCGACCUGCCGCUCAACAGCGAGUUCCCUAUCGGUCGAGCGUCCAGCAACGCGGCCAAGCGAGAGCUCAUGGCGGCACCACAUAACGCCUUUAUCGACAGCCCCGUUAUUUCACGACAGCACGCCGUCCUCUCGGCCAACGCAAACAGCGGCGUUCCGGAAGUCUACAUUACCGACAAAGGCUCCAUGCACGGCACCAUGCUGAACGGUCAGAGGCUGUCUGCCAACACACCCACCAAGCUGAACGAUGGCGAUGUCCUGCAGUUCGGCACUGACGUUAACCGUAAUGAGGAGUUCUUCGUAGCCCGCACGUACACUUUCGAGUCGCAGCUAUCACGCCCUUUCUCUCUCGGCUUCACCGUCCCUGAUGCCGAAAGCGACGAAGAGGAAGUCGCCGAGCGUCGAGGCAGCCAGAUCGAUCCUUUCGUCAUCGACGACGACUCCGACGCAGCUGAUGACCACUCGGAGGCCGACGACCAAGAAGAGGUUACCAUGAUCAUGGAUCAGGUCCUGCACCCCAACGAGCAUGACCACACUCUCAGUGUUGGUCAGGACGACUACCCAACUUCCGCAAUGCGCACCACUCUUCCCAACGAGGACUACAACCCAGAGAGCUUUGCGUCCCGCCGUGACGACUCCCUCGAGCCUGCCAGUCCAAACCCUUCUAGCGAUGAAGAAGACGUGGCCGCCCUUGGUUCUGAUUCGGACAGCGAGGCUGGCAGCAUCGAUAGUUCCGAGAUGCUGUCUGACUCCGAGCCAGAGAUUCAGGAUUCAGAAGACGAGGAAAUGGAAGAGGUUGAACACAAGACGCCCACCACAUCCUCAUCCAACAAAGAGAACGAGGCGUCCAUCCACAGCCAAGUACCCCAGACUGUUCACUCCUUCCCGCGCGAUACAACGACGCUUUCGCUCUCGGACGUAUACAUGCCACAAGACGUAGCCAACACACAGCCUUCGCUACCACGCUUGUACAUGUUCGGUAUGCAGGGCUCCGACGGCAACUCCAUGUCGAACAGUAACGUCUACGGAGAUAACGCGCCUCCACCUCUGCCGCCACGUCCCUCGGCGUCUAGGGCAGCACCAUGGUGCGAUUCAAACUAUCGCUCCUUCAGGGAAGUGGCCGAUCUUCAGGAAUGGUACUCCGAGGGCGUUCCGCCAAACUACUUGGGUACCAACUUUGGUGACCGACCGUCCCUGUUCAGUCCGGCUCCUCUUGCCCCAAUGGCAGAGGCGAAUGAGGCUCGUGCUCCCAUGCCCCAAUUCACUCCCUAUCCUAGCCAAACCAUGCAAGCGAGCCGUCUGCAGACACCACCACCAUAUUUUGUACCCGACUUUGAGACCUCCCCGCCGGUGCAGCCAGGUCGCCGUACCAAGGUCUCUAUCGAGGAGAUCGUUGAGGAGCAGCCGCCUACACCUGAAUCUGUGAAAGAUUUGAAGCGCAAGGCCGAUGUGCUUGAGGCAGACGAGCCAGAAGCCGUUCUCGACGAAGCAUCCAAGUCCGCGGUUGGUGAUGAGCAUGCGACCUCAAACUCGGUAGCUGCUGUUCCAGUGGAUGAUGCUGCUGCAAUCCAGACAGCUGCCAUUAUUGCCCAGCGUCCCAAGAAGACUCCCCGCUCAGUCCUCAGCAAGGUCCUCAACAAGGCUGCCUAUCCAUUGCUCGGUGCUACCGGUGCCGUAGUCUCCUUUGCUCUUCUUUCCACCCUCCCGGAUGCCUUCUUUGUGUAG